AUGCCGGCGGCCAACAUGAUGGAGAGUCUGCAGCCGCCCGCCCUGCAGGUGCCCGAGCCGCGGGGCGCGCCCGAGGGCAGCCCGGUCUGGUCCAGCUCGUCGACCCCCACGCUUCGCCGCCGGCGCUUCAAGAUGCGCCGCACCAAGAACGUGCAGGAGCCAAGCCUGGAGGCCGGGCUGAGCGGGGACCUGCCCGGCGUCUUGGCGCCCGGCAAGGAGUUCCUGCAGCUGCCAUCCAUCGAGAUCACGCCCUCCAGCGACGAGGACACCCCGUGGUCCAACUGCUCCACGCCCAGCGCUUCCCCACGCCGCAAACGCUUCCUCCUGCGCAAGUGGCUGCGGGUGAGGGAGCGGAAGGAGUGCAGCGAAAGCAGCAGCCAGCAGAGCAGCCAGCAGAGCAGCCAUGAGGAUGAUUCCAGCAGGUUCCUGAGUCCUCGCGUGCGGGAAGAAAGCACUGCCAGUAACUCCAACCGCAGCACGCCAGCCUGCUCCCCCAUCCUCCGGAAGCGGUCUCGCUCGCCAACCCCGCAGAACGUAGACGGAGACACCAUGGUGGAGAAGGGCUCAGAUCACUCCUCGGACAAGUCGCCGUCCACCCCGGAGCAGGGCGUGCAACGCAGCUGCUCCUCACAGUCCGGCCGCAGUGGUGGCAAAAACUCCAAGAAAAGCCAGAGCUGGUAUAAUGUGUUAAGCCCCACAUACAAGCAGAGAAAUGAAGACUUCAGAAAGCUCUUUAAGCAACUUCCAGACACGGAGCGCCUCAUUGUUGACUACUCGUGUGCGCUCCAAAGAGACAUUCUUCUUCAGGGCCGACUCUACCUCUCCGAAAACUGGAUCUGCUUCUACAGCAACAUCUUCCGCUGGGAAACUCUGCUGACUGUGCGUUUGAAAGACAUCUGCUCCAUGACUAAAGAAAAGACAGCUCGCCUCAUCCCCAAUGCCAUCCAAGUUUGCACUGACUCAGAAAAGCACUUUUUCACUUCGUUCGGAGCCCGGGAUAGGACGUACAUGAUGAUGUUCCGGCUCUGGCAGAAUGCUCUCCUGGAAAAGCCGCUGUGCCCCAAGGAGCUCUGGCACUUCGUCCACCAGUGCUACGGGAACGAGCUGGGCCUGACCAGUGACGACGAGGACUACGUGCCCCCCGAUGACGACUUCAACACGAUGGGCUACUGUGAGGAGAUCCCCGUAGAGGAGAAUGAAGUGAACGACAGCUCGUCCAAAAGCAGCAUAGAGACCAAGCCAGAUGCCAGUCCACAGCUGCCCAAGAAAUCCAUCACCAACAGCACCCUGACGUCCACGGGGAGCAGUGAGGCCCCCGUCUCGUUUGACGGCCUGCCCCUGGAGGAGGAGGUGCUGGAGGGCGACGGGUCCCUGGAGAAGGAGCUCGCCAUCGACAGCAUCAUCGGGGAGAAGAUGGAGAUCAUUGCGCCCGUGAACUCCCCUUCGCUGGACUUCAACGACAACGAGGACAUCCCCACCGAGCUCAGUGACUCUUCCGACACCCACGACGAAGGGGAGGUCCAGGCCUUCUACGAGGACUUGAGUGGCCGGCAGUACGUGAACGAAGUCUUCAACUUCAGCGUGGACAAGCUCUAUGACCUCCUGUUCACCGACUCACCCUUCCAGCGGGACUUCAUGGAGCAGCGACGCUUCUCAGAUAUCAUCUUCCAUCCGUGGAAGAAGGAGGAGAAUGGAAACCAGAGCCGAGUGAUCCUUUACACCAUCACCCUUACCAACCCUCUGGCUCCCAAAACUGCGACCGUCAGGGAGACACAGACCAUGUACAAGGCGAGCCAGGAGAGCGAGUGCUACGUGAUCGACGCCGAGGUCCUCACGCACGACGUGCCGUAUCACGACUACUUCUACACCAUCAACCGCUACACUCUCACCCGCGUGGCCCGCAACAAGAGUCGCCUCAGGGUCUCCACGGAGCUGCGCUAUCGGAAACAGCCCUGGGGGCUGGUGAAAACGUUCAUCGAGAAGAACUUCUGGAGUGGGCUAGAGGACUACUUCCGCCACCUGGAGAGUGAGCUGACCAAGACAGAGAGCGCCUACCUGGCGGAGAUGCACAGACAGUCUCCCAAAGAGAAGGCCAGCAAGCCCCCCACGGUGCGGAGGAGAAAACGGCCCCAUGCCCACCUGCGGGUGCCGCACCUGGAGGAGGUGAUGAGUCCCGUCACCACGCCCACUGAUGAGGAUGUGGGCCACAGGAUCAAACACGUGGCCGGUUCCACGCAGACGCGGCACAUCCCCGAGGACAGCCCCAACGGUUUCCACCUGCAGAGCGUGUCCAAGCUGCUGCUGGUUAUCAGCUGUGUUCUGGUGCUGCUGGUCAUCCUCAACAUGAUGCUCUUCUACAAACUCUGGAUGCUGGAGUACACCACCCAGACCCUCACCGCCUGGCAGGGUCUCCGGCUCCAAGAAAGGUUACCCCAGUCCCAGACAGAGUGGGCCCAGCUCUUAGAGUCCCAGCAAAAGUACCACGAUACGGAGCUCCAGAAAUGGAGGGAGAUCAUCAAAUCCUCGGUGAUGCUUCUUGACCAGAUGAAGGACUCACUCAUCAAUCUUCAGAAUGGCAUCAGGUCCCGAGACUACAUGUCAGAAAGCGAGGAGAAGAGGAACCGGUACCACUGA